ACGAACAAAACACCGUACGGUUGGGACAGAGAGAGGUCGCUGCGUGUGUACGCGCCGCCAUCUUGGAUCUUGGAUAUAGCCGGCCUUCUAAAAUCCAAGAAUGAGGAAUGCCUGAAACAAGGAACAACUCGGCAGUGUAUGUGAACGUGUUUACCUGUGUGUGUAUGAGUGUGCGUGUGAGUAUGUAUGUGUGUGGGAGUGUAUGAGUGGUGGGUGUGUGUGUGUGUGUACAACUUGUGCUCUGAUUGUGCACCAGUUUGCUCAUGGUUAUGUGUUAGCCUGUACACUUUUUGUUUUGUUUUAGGUGGGUGAAUAUUUAUAUAUGUAUGGGUGUGUGCUGUAAUGUAUGUGUUUGUGUGUCAAUCCGUUGAGUUCAUAUCAGAUGAGGGCAACACCAUGCCAGUUUGAUCAUGGUUAUGCGUUUAAAUGUAUGUGACUACACCUGUAUGUAUGCUUAUGUAUAUUAGCCUGUAUGCUUUUUGUUUCGUUUUAGGUGGGUGAAUAUGUGUAUGGGUGGGUUGUUUUGUUGCUGGUUGUCUUUAAACAGUAAACUUGUUUAAAAUACCUUAAGUCAUUGGUUAUUUGUCAAGAAACUAUUUAGUUAUCAGUUAGUUGGUUAAUACAGCCUAGUUAUAUUGGUUAAUUUUACAACUGAGAAAAAUUGGUUGAAAAUGUAACCAAUCUGCUUAACUAAUAUGUUAGUCGGACACAUAUUACACGAUCUAAUGGUUAAAACAACCUAGUUAGAUUGGUUAAUUUGUCAACUAAUGAAAAUUGGUUGAAAAUGUAACCAAUCUACUUGACUAAUAUGUUAGUCGGACACAUAUUACACGAUCUAAUGGUUAAAACAACCUAGUUAGAUUGGUUAAUUUGUCAACUAAUGAAAAUUGGUUAACAUUUAACUAAGUCAGAUUUGUCAAUUUGACUAAUAGUUAGUUGGACACUUAAUACACAAUCUAAUUGGUUAGUGCAACCUAGUGGGAUAAGUUAAUUUGUCAACUGAUGAAAAUUGGUUAAAAACUUAACUAAAGUCCAAUUUGUCAAUCUAACUAAUUUGUUAUUCGGACACAUAUUACACGAUGACAUUGGUUAAAAUUGAUUGAUAUCAUGGUUAAUCCAACUAAUCUGUUUUUAGAGUGUGUGAUUUCUAUUUCACAGAAUCGAAAGUUAAUGCCUUGCAGAUAUCCUAUACUUUGGGAGGCCUACGUGAUCACUUGAUAAGUGGUAGACUUUAGACCUUCUUAGAUAACGUGAGGGCCAAUAUAUACUGGAGGUUCGUUGAAAGCUUUAAACACUUGAAAGAAGCUGUUUGGAGAGCACAACACAUACUCUUUCAACACACUAUACCACUGAAAUCCAUAAUGGACUCAUUCAAGACUCCUCUGAGGAGAAAGCUAGACAGCCUUGAGUGCCACUUCACCUGGAACCUCAGUGGCAGCAAGGGGCAACGUGUUGAAGGUCUGAGGGAGUAUUUGGAGGAAGUUUGUAAAGGUGGUGGCUGUCCUUGGGAGGGUCACCUGUACAACCUGCUGGGUUACAUCAUCUACCACAUCACAGACUCCGCAGAGGAGGCACUGGCACGCCUGCGACAGGCUGAGGUGGCUCUCAAAGAGCGAGAACCGGAGGGCAGAGGACCUCGUAUGCUGGUCAACCAGGCUAACCUGGCCUGGGUGCACUACCAUUUGGGCGAGCUGCCGAAGUGCCACGCUUGUCUGGAGGAAGUGGCCCGGCUCCAGGAGGAUUUCCCUGCACCUCCCGGGUGUGAACUGCAUCCAGAGGUUUAUGGGGAGAAAGGCUGGACUCAGAUUAAAUUUGAACAUGAUUUGAAGACGCAAGCUGUAACUAACUUUGAAAUGGCUCUGAGAGGAGACCCAGAUAGAAAAGAGUGGCACGCAGGCCUCGCAUUCGCCAAGUAUAAAGUUUAUUUUGAUUCAGGGAAUGAUGAGUUGAAAGAAGAAAUCAUAGAGCAAUUGAAACGUGCGAAGACAAUGGAUCCAGAUAAUCUUCGCAUGUCAACUCUCUACUUGGUUGCUUCGGCAGCGGUUGGCCGGAAGACAGAGGAGACUACGAAUGAGGCAGAACAUCUACUCCAACAGAUAAAACCAGGUUGUGAUGGCUUGGGAGACCUUUUCCAUUUCUUCCGCAAGUAUGAAUCACCGGAUAAAGCUUUACAAUUAGCAGAAGAGGUAGUGAGAAAACACCCAUCUGAAAGAGAAGCCAAAAAGCAGCUGGCACUUUGUUAUAGAAGGAAAAUUUUUGAUUCACAGGGAAAUAUAGAUCAGGAGUUGAUGACGAAAGCCAUCAACAUUUAUGAAGAGGUCAUCAGCCUUUACCCAUACAGGGAGAACUUCCUUAUGCAUAUUGCAGGAUUAUACAACCAAUCUUGGAACAUCGAGAAAGUAGAUCAAAUAUAUAAGGAUCUUCUCAGUAAGAGGGAAGCCCUUGAACCUAAGUCUCUACAGCUGUUAUACUCUAAAUAUGCGAAGCACCUUUAUUUUGUAAAAAAAUUGCCUGCGGAAUCCAGUGAUUACCACAAAAAGGUUGUAGAAAUCCAAGUAGAUUCUAGGGAGAGGCAGGACAGCAUUAGAAUUCUCAGGUCAAUUUCUAGUCGUCACAGAUCAAGAUGGUGAAAUCGGAGACUUUCUAUCACAGCUUGGCCUGAACUGAUUUUAUGCUGUGUCUUGUGAUAUAGACAGCUGUAGUGAUGUAAUAUUCAGAUACAUGAAAGUGAUGGUUGCUUGAUCUAACCAUAACAGCCUCCCAAGAUCUGAAGAAUUCCAAGUCUUUCUCUCCAACCAUCUGAACUGAUCAUGUACAGUUUGUCUACUUAUACAGAUAGCAAUAUUCAAAUACAUUUAACGUUUAGUGAAUGUAUAAUCAAGAAAUUGUGCAACUUACAUACUUUUGUACACAGUCAGAUAACGGAUGAUAUGCACACAAAAAAAGAUAACACAAAGAUAAUUAAAUUAAUUAAAAAAUUGGGGUAUAAACUUUGACAGAGCAUCCUGUAAUGAAUACUGUACAAUGUAUUCAGUGUUGUAGUCACUGUUUAAAUGUGUCAAAAAAUCUUUCAGUAUCACAGCUCUCUGGUUGGUGCCAGCAGAAAGGCCCAGAGGCCUAAUGUCUUCCCCACCCCACCUCUACUCAUAGUGGAGAGUUCCUUCGGCACGUCUUUGGAACACAAAAACACAAAGAGGAUAAAGUGCAUGACAAGCUGGGAAAAUCACCAGGAAAGCUCUACUGUCAGCCAUGGAAUGUUGUGUUUUGCAUAGAAAAUAUUUCAGACUGCCUUAAUAUGAUGUAUGGACAGAAUGAUGCGUUAUUGAUGACAUGCAAAUGAAGUCAAAACAAAAUAAAAUGAUAUUGGAAAAAUAUA